AUGCACAGCGCCAACAACGACAACGCGCCGCCGCCGCCGUACAGAGCCCACGGCUUCGGCGAUGCCCCUGGCUCCUCGACUGGGCCAGCAGACGCGCAAGGCGACUUGAUCGAUCUCGGUGACGACACCAGCGGCACCCCAUCUAUAUCGCCGCCCUCGUACGAGGCGUCCUACAAUGACCAUGCUCGCAGCCGCAGCGAGACCAUUGCUAGUCCAUCGGCUCUCCCCGAAACGAAGUCCAGCUGGAACUAUGUGGAUAGAGUGAUUGCUGACGAAGCCUCCUCCUCGUCGGCCACGUCGUCCCUCGACUGUGGUCACUGGGCGAGGCGUGGCUGCUCGAUGACGUCAGGUCCGCGGCGCUGCUGCUCCUGUCUCGACCGCCGCGAACACCGCCCCGACGGGCGGUACCCUGUCUACGUUGACGGCAUGGGCGACCGAUUCGGUUCCACUACGCGCUGGGCCCACUACUGCACGCCGUGCAAGGAGUACGAGCGCGCCGCAGCGAGCAGCAAAGGCACCACGUACGACGGUGACGCUGGGCCGCCCGAUGUCGCCGCAAUGCGGCGCGCGCGUCGCGAGGCCAGGCGGCAGGCCAAGAUCGAUCGCACGGCGCGCAUGAAAGCCAAAGACGCCGCCGCCGACCAGAUCCGUGAGGCUCAAGCCAGGCUGGAUGGGGCCAAGGGGCUCGACGACCAGAGCCAGACGAUGCAGCAGCAGCAGCAGCAGCAGGAACAAUCCCACAUCGCCUACGAGCAGAACCAAAUAUACUACAUGACGCACACCAAGAAACACAUACGGCGCGAACGCCACGCCGAGCGCGCCCGAAUCGAGCAAGAAGAACGGGAGCGCGCGGCCAAGGACGCUGCCGACCUUACGGUGCUGCGCGACAUGCGUCGGCAGGCCCAGCUGCAGGCCGCCGAUCUGGAGCGGCAGCUGGCCGAGAAGCGCGCGCGCGUGGCCCACCUGGACCGCCAGAUCCGCAUGCGCGAACUACGGGCCGUGCCAGCCCUUGCAAAGCCCGCGGCCCCGGGCCAGCAGCCCAGCGUGCCGCAAAAGUCAGAAUUGUCCGGCAUGUCGGCGUCGGACCGUUCUGCCAUGGCCGAAAAGGCUGCCCUCGCCGACAGCUACCGCGAUCACCGCCGGGCGACAUCGACGACGACGCCCACCACCGCCACCCGCUUCACCGUCUCCUCUACGAAUGCCUACGAACCGAAUCGGCAAGUCGCUGGUGGAGGGGUGGCUGCCAACCUAGCGCUGCCACCCGAGACGGAAAAACCGGGCGGCUUCUUCUCCAGUGCAGGUCCCAGCAGUAGCGGAGGCGCGGACGGCGGUAGAAGCGCCUACGCCACGGUCCCUGGUAGUGGUCCCGGCGCCGGCCACGGCUCCUCCUCGUCAGGCUGGCUCGGCCGCAUGUUUGGACGUGGCAAGGGCAAAGAAAAGGAGCGGGAAUCGGCCGCCGGGGAAACCUACUAUGGCGAGCAUUUCUAUGCACGAAAGCGCGCCGAGAUUGAGGCCGCCACCCAGGCCAGGGAGUACACGAAGGAGAAGAAGUGA